AUGCUAGAUGUUAGGUCCACCGAAAUUAAGAACACCAUCCCAUUGGUGCCACCGGAAACAUUGAUCGACGACACGGGAUCAAAUGUUGCGGCAAAACCUCAGAAUGACACCACGGAAAACCUACUAAUGCACCUUGGCGAUGAGGACGACAGUGACAUGCUGUUCAGCUCGGCCAAUCCACUGAUCGGCGGUCAGGCCCUUCUCGACGAGUCGAUCGCGCGCCCCCUAACCAUCCGCACCGAUCACGUGCUGCCCACGCUUAGCGGCGCUUCCGGUCGUUUCCUCGGCUCCGAAAAGCCCUCCAGCUUCCCGGGAUCAUCGACGCCUCAGGACGCGGAGUUCUCGAUGACCGUCUCGCCGAGCCUCCUGACGCCGACCGAUCUGGAAAUCUGGCGCGCCAUCCAGACGGGUCAGUUAGACCCGAAAAAGCUCACCCAGACCGCGGUGUCACCGUUCUACGGAGCCGGGCACAUCCCGAAAUCGCUCUCCGGAACGCCAACCGCCCAGCUGACCGGCGGACUGCUGGAUGAGCUCGAUCCGGUGAACCUGUUGGGCGCCCUCGCCGAUCCAGGUGGGCUCCAGCUUUCGGACCAGCAGCAGCGCGACGGAGGAGGACUACCGUACGAGCGGUCAUUCCGGACGAUCGCCGGCUCGGAGGAGGAAACGCUUCAACGUGGACUCAUUUGAUUGCUGGAGGUCCUUUAAGUUUCCCUUUCAUGAUGUUGACUUUCUUUGCGCGACGAUUUAUUUUUGCCUUCAAACACCAGACCCCCAAACCUUGUGCACCAACACGUG